AUGCUUAACACUAGAAAUAUUAGACUCUUGUUGUCGGUUGUAGUGAUCUUCACGAUCGUAGGAUUUUUUGCGAGUUCCAGAAGCUCACUCUCUUCCGGCGUUCAGAAUGUCAAACUCCCAUUAAACGGUGAAUCAGUUCCAUUUUCCAAUGAACAUGCAGAUGAGGAAACGAAGAACACUUUGAAGGGGAAGCCACACUCUUCCUCGAAUCCUCCAUACUCACAAGAUGACACCGCAGCUCCAGUAGUAGGAGGAUCUGGAUCUGGAUCUGGAUCUGGCUCUGGCUCUGGCUCAUCGAAAGCUGGAUCCUCUGAGAAGCCUAAGUUUGUUGCCGACAAGUCAUCUUCAGAGACAGAACACAAGAAGAACAAGGAUAAGGCAGCAGCCGCCGCCAACGCUGCUGCUGGACUUGGAGGUGAAAUGUCCAUCCAGGAGGUUACUGACAACGCCGCUGCUUGUGACAAGAAGGAAUACGUAGUCAUGGUUGACGCUGGAUCCACUGGUUCUAGAGUCCAUGUUUACGAGUUCAACACCUGUGUCUCCCCACCAGCCCUUUUGAAUGAGGCAUUCGAAAUGUUGAAGCCAGGCUUGUCCUCUUUCGAUACCGACACCAAGGGAGCAGCAGCUUCCUUGGACCCAUUGUUAGAAGUUGCACUCAAAACUGUCCCUAAGGACAAGCAGGCAUGCACACCAAUCGCAGUCAAGGCCACUGCUGGUUUAAGAUUGUUGGGUGAAGAAAAAUCAUCCAAGAUUUUGGCUGAAGUUAGAACUCACUUGGAACAGGACUAUCCGUUCGCAGUUGUUCCAGGUGAUGGUAUUUCCAUCAUGGAAGGUCUGAAUGAAGGUGUCUAUGCUUGGAUCACCACCAACUACUUGCUUGGUAACAUCGGAUCUGCUGAAAAGUUACCUACUGCCGCCGUCUUUGAUUUAGGUGGAGGAUCUACUCAAAUUGUUUUUGAACCAGAAUUCCCAAAUAACGAAAAAAUGGCUGAAGGUGAACACAAGUUCGAAAUUACCUUUGGUGGUAGAAAAUUCACCUUAUACCAAUUCAGUCACUUGGGUUACGGAUUAAUGCAAGGUAGAAACAAGGUUAACGCCUUACUUUUGGAAUCUGCUUUGAAGAACGAAGAGACUGCCAAAAAGUUGGCAGGAGCUCAGGUUGCCGAUAAAAACGCUGCCAAGACCACCAAGGCUGAAAUUAUUGUACACAACCCAUGUAUCCCACCUGGAGUUGUUGCACCAAACGUUCAAGUUGAAUUGAGCAAUGGUGAUAUUUACGUUGUUAACAUGAAAGGACCUUCAGCAUCUGCAGGAUCUGCCACUUGUCGUGGAAUGACUGAAGCAAUUUUAAACAAGGGAUUAGAAUGUAAGCAAAAGCCUUGCUCAUUUAAUGGUGUUCAUCAGCCAUCGUUGACUAAGACUUUCAAGCACACCUCCGACAUGUAUGUCUUCUCAUACUUCUAUGACAGAACCAACCCAAUCGGGUUACCUUCUUCAUUUUCAAUGGAAGAAUUGUCCGAUUUGGCCAAGUUGGUUUGUAACGGUGAUACUUUCUGGAAAGAAUUGUUACUUGACGAUCAUAUUAAAGAGUUAAACAAUGAACCACAAUGGUGUUUGGAUUUAACAUUCAUGAGCUCUUUGUUGCACACUGGUUACGAUCUUCCAUUGCACAGAGAAUUGAGAACUGCUAAGACCAUUGACAACAAUGAGUUAGGAUGGUGUUUAGGUGCGUCUUUACCAUUAUUAGAUAGAAAAGAAGGUGGAUGGAAAUGCAGAGUCGAUGAGGUUAAAUGA